CGGGGCUUUAGCAUGGGAUUUUACAGUAUUCCCUUCAUCAAGAGUGGUUUCUUGUUAGCUUAUACCUCAAUCCCAGGCUCAUUCUCGUUUCCUCUGAAAAGGGGAGGGAGCCUUGGAUCAAAGUUGCUCCCUCCCCCAAUAUAAACUCCCAUCCAAAAACCCCUGACGAAGUUAUAAAAAGAGAAGGUUUUUAACUGGGGUAUUACGGAUAACUUGCUUCUCUUUGCACACAAAUUUAACUUUCAACUCGGGUGACGCGGCUCCUAAAAGCAAUGAAGUGAAUGCGUGACAAUCAUUUCGUGUUGUGUGACGAUAUCAGCCUUGCAUAUGGCAAUGCACAAAUAUGUUUUAAAUCCAACAUUUACAAACUUUCCAAACAGUAAGAGUCAGUGUCGUGUUAUUUUGAUGUGUUAAGCACUAUUUUGGGGAAAAGGUUUGCUCCUUCCUUACUUCCGUGCCUGUGAGCCUGGACCCUACCAAAAUCACGUCGCACAAAUAUAUCACACUUUUGUCACGCCAGCUAAUACAUGUGUUAAAAUAGUCAAACGUUCGGUGGACUUAGCGACAAUCCUUCUUGGCCUGGGCUAAUUCACUUCUUCAGACAACAUUUUCUUUUGUUAAAAUUUACCAAAGAAGUGGGAAAAUGACGUUUUAUAGAAAUCUAGUUUGGUUUACCAAAGGUUUUCGUGAAUACACGAAGAACGGCUACCUUGCUGCCGAGAAGUCGUUUGAUCCCAAAGCCCUUGACGUUGAUGUUUCGUCUCGAGCAUUCAUGAUAACAGGCGCAAAUAGCGGCAUUGGAAAAGAUACCGCCGCUCUCUUAGCUAAGAAAGGAGCUACCGUACACAUGGUCUGCCGAAGCGAAACGAGAGGUGAAGAGGCUCGAAAAGAAAUCUCUGAAUCAUCAGGAAGCGACAAGGUGAAACUACAUAUUCUUGACAUGUCCCAGCCAAGGAAGGUUUGGGAAUUCGUGGAGAAGUUUUCAUCUUCCAGUGAAGCUCUUCACGUAUUGAUCAAUAAUGCUGGUUGUAUGGUGAAUACGAGGGAAGUUGACAAAGACGGUUUGGAAAAGAACUUUGCCACUAACUCUUUGGGAACUUACAUUUUGACCACUGGUCUCAUACCGUUACUCGCAAAACACGAAUCUCCUAGAGUUGUAACAGUUUCCUCAGGAGGUAUGCUAGUGAUGAAACUGGAUAGAAAAGAUCUGCAGUUGGAACAUAUGAAUCCAUUUGAUGGUACCAUGGCUUAUGCACAGAACAAACGGCAGCAAGUCAUUAUGACUGAAAAGUGGGCAGAAAAACACAAGGAAAUUUUCUUUUCUUCCAUGCAUCCAGGUUGGGCUGACACUCCAGCAGUACGGACGUCAAUGCCAGGUUUUCAUCAAAAAAUGAAAGACCGUCUGCGCACUUCUGAACAGGGAGCAGACACAAUCAUAUGGCUCUCCAUUGCUGAUAUGUCAAAGGAGAUUAGUGGUGCAUUCUAUCAAGAUAGAAAACCAGUAGCAACACAUUUACCACUGGCAUGGUCAAAAGCAUCUGACACAGACAAAAACGAGCUGAUGAAUGAUCUUGAAAAAUUGGCAUCAAAGUUUAUAUCUGGGUGAACUGAAAAUAAUACUUUGUGUUUACCUAUUGCUUUUCCAGGAGAACAGAUCUUUUCACUGCUUGCCACCAUUAUGUAAUGCUAUUGCAAUGGUAACAAAAGACUGGCAGUUGCAUUUAAGGGCUUAAUUUGCAUUGCUGCGCCAUAUGCUGUCAAAUAUGAAGGUUAAUAACUGGCUUAAUUAGUAGGGAAUUUAUGCAAAUCAAAGAGAAUGUUGCCAAACUAAAGGGUUAAUGAGCAGAGACCAAUGGCAAUAUACAUGCAAUAUAAAAUAAAAUGUUAGUACAUUUCUUUGCCGUCCUCUCCAAAACAACCACUUUAUAUGUCCAAAUUCUGCACUUUCUGGAGAACAUGAACCAAGGUGAAUUAUUUAGAACAUACCUACAUACAUACAUAAACUUCAUUGUGUCUUAACAUCUAGCUGAUGGGGAAAAAACCCCUCUACUAAUUGGGGACACUUAAUAUAAUUAAUAACCUACCAACUAUUUUCCAAUGAACUGAUUUCUUUCUUUACAUAUUGAGAGGAGGAUAGUUCUAACACUGAUAGACAGACUCAACAGAUCCAAAGAUAUGUGAAAUUCAUAUUUUUAUAAGCAGUACUGCCAGGGAAACUUUCGAUGUUAUUCUAGGAGACUCAACCGAGACAUUAAUUUUUACUUAUCCAGAGAAUCUUAUAGUAGCAUUAAAAAUAACAUGCUAUCCAGGAAACUGCAACACAAACUUGGUUGGAUUCAUGGCUAAAUUGUGUGGGAGAUCUUCUGUGAAAGUUUUGUAUGCCUGCAUAAACCAAUGGAGUAAUAACUUCAGUGCUAAAAAUGAUAUUAAGCUCUUGAGCUGUUUUUACUUUUACGGUGAUGUUAACAUAAUGUUAAACACUGUCUUACCUAACUUGCUUAUAGUUUAGUACAUAAGUUAUUAACAGUAUUAUUAAAAAAAUAAAAAUUAUUCAUAGUAUUAUAAACAAAUAAAGCUUAUCAAAUGUUAUGUUCAGUAUUAGAUACUUUUAUGAGAGUUACCUAAUGGUUGGUUGGUGCGCUCGACUCCGGAUCACGUCGAUAGCAAUGGCAAAGUCAAUACAGUAAGAUUGAGGUUUGAGAUUUUCCUGUAAAGACCGAAUGUUCAAGGACAGGUAAAUAAGUUGUUUAUUAUAUGGCUUUUUGCUUUGUUUUUGCAGGUCUGUAAUUGGCCCAUGGAGAAUAACGCCCUAAAAUUAGCCAAUCAGAGCAUGUGUUAUAUCCACUUCAAAGACAAGCCAUAUAUAAAUGUCAGCUAUUGUAAAGAAAAUAAAGAAGUUUUCUAAACAUGUUGUCAGCAUUUGGGAAUUUU